AUGGGUAAGGAGAGCAAGCCAUGGAAAUCAGCACAACAAACCUGUCAAACGUCUUCACAAGGGGCACAUCUUCUUGACAUAGGGAGUGAAGAAGAAUAUGGUUUUAUGUUGUCAUAUCUCCAGAAAAUUAGUCGAAUAAUCAUGAUAUGGACAGGUCUUAAUGACUUAAAGGAAGAAGGUCAGCUCUUAUGGACAGAUGGAUCUCCCUAUGUUCUAAAAGCUGGUAUCUCAUCUUUGUCAAUGAUACCAGAAAACCAAACUGACUGCUAUGCCCUUCAGAGAGAUCCUACUGGUCCAGAUUAUUUCUUCACAGGAUUUUUCUGCUAUGUACAGCUGCCAUAUAUUUGUGAAUAUGAAUUACCUUUGGUACCAGAGAACAUCACAUUUAGUGUGCAUGAUGUCAAGACAACUGAAGCUGUAUUUAUGUGGAGUGAUAUGGGCAUGUGGCUUAAGUCAGGCUUUGCACUUAUAAUCAAGUACUAUUUUGAUCAGUGGAAACCAUACAUUCUGAACUUGCCUGUUAAUACAACUCAAACAAAAAUUGUGCACUUGUCUCCUGGCCUUCACUAUAGUUUUUUAUUAGCAGCAAGGAACUCAGAAGGAGCACAGUCUAUCUUAAGUCCAAUUCUGAAGGUAGAAACAACUGUCAGUCCACCGACAGCUGUUUAUAUUCACCCAGAGGAUGUACAAGAAGAGAGUGUGAUCCUUCGCUGGAAGCUGCCACGAGAGUGUCAGGAAUCCUAUGUUCAAGUAAAACCUAAUGCAGACAUGGGUGAAACUAAAAAGUUUAUAUUAAGCAAUACAGAAGAAUUUAAGAUUGAUCUCCUAAUUCCUGGAACGACUUAUGAAAUAGCAGUCGCAAGUGUGAAUAAUGGAGCUAUGAGUGAACUGAAGACCAUUCAAUGCACUUUAAAGCCCAAGCCUGUUCAAAUUGUAGUUCCUUAUGGGCUUUAUAGCAAUGCUGUGGUACUAUUUGUUCGCAUGCCUGAUAUUGGAGUAUUUGAUGGCAUUUAUGUUACAAGUAAAGAAGGACCUAAUGCAACAUUCACUUUAAAAAGUGAUGGUAAAAUAACAAUUGAAAACCUUACUGCAGGAACAGAAUAUGAUUUCUGUGUUUCCACAAAAAGUGGACAAAUGUUGAGCUCCUGUUACCAUAUAUAUGGUGUAAAAACAUGUCUGGCAGCUCCGCUCAAUGUACGAGAAGGUGACGUUACUGACACUUCAAUACAGAUUACUUGGGAUCGGGCUGAUGGAGAUUUUGAGCAAUAUGAAGUUACAUGCACAAAUUGUGCAAGUGCUUUCAGGGUAUAUUUUUUAGAACACCACUUGUGUAUAAGCAAUGUCCAGAAGGUUAAGCAAGAAACAGCAAUGUUUUCCAACCUUAGUCCUGGUAAGCUGUACAAUUUUGCAAUUCGAACAGAGAAAGAGGGUUUCAGAGAUAGUAUUUUUGUGACAAAGGAAAUAGACACAGUACCAAGCGCAGCUAAAUAUCUGAACUAUAGCAGAGACUCUGAAUCAAUAACUGUCACCUGGCCACCAGCCCAAAAUAUAUUUGAUGGAUAUGUUCUUUCAAUAAAUAGUAAAGACUUCAAUGAGAAGAAAAUGUUACCUUCUGAUGUAAGGUAUGAUGAUUACAUUUAA